CUCUGGUCUGUCCGGGACAGACUGGCGGGCGGGCGGGCGCUGACGCCGUGGGGCCGGAGCGGGCCGUGCGGGAGCGCGCGGACGGAGCAGCGGCGCCGUCGGUCCCCGUCGGGGCUCCGUGGGUCCCCGACUCGCCCCCGGCCGGGCCAUGGCGGGCGCCAGGCCCGGCGUCCACGCGCUGCAGCUGGAGCCGCCCACCGUGGUAGAGACCCUGCGGCGCGGGAGUAAGUUCAUCAAAUGGGACGAGGAGGCUUCCAGUCGGAACCUGGUGACCCUGCGUGUGGACCCCAAUGGCUUCUUCCUGUACUGGACAGGACCCAACAUGGAGGUGGACACCCUGGACAUCAGUUCCAUCAGGGACACGCGGACGGGCCGUUAUGCCCGCCUGCCCAAGGACCCCAAGAUCCGAGAGGUGCUGGGCUUUGGAGGCCCUGACACCCGGCUGGAGGAGAAGUUGAUGACAGUGGUGGCCGGGCCAGACCCGGUGAAUACAACAUUCUUGAACUUCAUGGCCGUGCAGGAUGACACAGCCAAGGUCUGGACCGAGGAGCUGUUCAAGCUGGCUAUGAACAUCCUGGCUCAGAACGCCUCCCGGAACACCUUUCUGAGAAAAGCAUACACCAAGCUGAAGCUGCAGGUGAACCAGGAUGGACGGAUCCCAGUGAAGAACAUCCUGAAGAUGUUCUCAGCAGAUAAGAAGCGCGUGGAGACUGCGCUGGAAUCCUGUGGCCUCAAUUUCAACCGGAGUGAGUCCAUCCGGCCCGACGAGUUCUCCUUGGAAAUCUUCGAGCGGUUCCUGAAUAAGCUGUGUCUGCGGCCAGACAUUGACAAGAUCCUGCUGGAGAUAGGCGCCAAGGGCAAGCCAUACCUGACGCUGGAGCAGCUCAUGGACUUCAUCAACCAGAAGCAACGGGACCCGAGGCUCAACGAAGUGCUGUACCCACCCCUGCGGCCCUCCCAGGCCCGGCUGCUCAUUGAGAAGUAUGAGCCCAACCAGCAGUUCCUGGAACGAGACCAGAUGUCCAUGGAGGGCUUCAGCCGCUACCUGGGGGGUGAGGAGAACGGAAUCCUGCCCUUGGAGGCCCUGGAUCUGAGCGCAGACAUGACCCAGCCGCUAAGUGCCUACUUCAUCAACUCCUCACACAACACCUAUCUCACAGCGGGGCAGCUGGCUGGGACGUCGUCGGUGGAGAUGUACCGGCAGGCACUGCUCUGGGGCUGCCGCUGCGUGGAGCUGGACGUGUGGAAAGGGCGGCCCCCGGAGGAGGAGCCCUUUAUCACCCACGGCUUCACCAUGACCACCGAGGUGCCGCUGCGAGACGUGCUCGAGGCCAUUGCGGAAACCGCCUUCAAGACCUCGCCCUACCCUGUCAUCCUCUCCUUCGAGAACCACGUGGACUCGGCAAAGCAGCAGGCCAAGAUGGCCGAGUACUGUCGUUCGAUCUUCGGGGACGCGCUGCUCAUCGACCCACUGGACAAGUACCCGCUGGCCCCAGGCGUCCCCCUGCCCAGCCCCCAGGACCUGAUGGGCCGCAUCCUGGUGAAGAAUAAGAAGAGGCACCAGCCCAGCACUGGUGUCCCCAACAGCUCCAUUCGCAAGCGGCCGCUGGAGCAGAGCAACUCGGCCCUGAGCGAGAGCUCUGCCGCCACCGAGCCCUCCUCACCUCAGCUCGGGUCCCCCAGCUCUGACAGCUGCCUGGGCCUGAGCAAUGGGGAAGAGCUGGGCCUUGAGAAGCCCAGCCUGGAGCCUCGGAAGUCUCUGGGCGAGGAGGGGCUACAGCGGGGCCCUGAUGCUCUUGGAUCUGCCGACCGUGAGGAUGAGGAGGAAGACGAGGAAGAGGAGGAACAGGCAGAUCCCAAAAAGCCGACCUCAGAUGAGGGCACUGCCAGCAGUGAAGUCAAUGCCACUGAGGAGAUGUCAACACUCGUCAACUACAUCGAGCCUGUCAAGUUCAAGUCCUUUGAGGCUGCUCGAAAGAGGAACAAAUGCUUCGAGAUGUCAUCCUUCGUGGAAACCAAGGCCAUGGAGCAACUGACCAAGAGCCCCAUGGAGUUUGUGGAAUACAAUAAACAACAGCUCAGCCGCAUCUACCCCAAGGGCACCCGCGUGGACUCCUCCAACUACAUGCCCCAGCUCUUCUGGAACGUGGGCUGCCAGCUUGUGGCCCUCAACUUUCAGACCCUGGAUGUGGCGAUGCAGCUCAACGCGGGUGUGUUUGAGUACAAUGGGCGCAGCGGCUACCUGCUCAAGCCCGAGUUCAUGCGGCGGCCGGACAAGUCCUUCGACCCCUUCACCGAAGUCAUCGUGGACGGCAUCGUGGCCAAUGCCUUGCGGGUCAAGGUGAUCUCGGGGCAGUUCCUGUCCGACAGGAAGGUGGGCAUCUACGUGGAGGUGGACAUGUUUGGCCUCCCCGUUGACACACGGCGCAAGUACCGCACUCGGACGUCUCAGGGGAACUCAUUCAAUCCUGUGUGGGAUGAGGAACCCUUUGACUUCCCCAAGGUGGUGCUCCCCACGCUGGCUUCGCUGCGCAUCGCGGCCUUUGAGGAAGGCGGCAAGUUUGUGGGGCAUCGGAUUCUGCCCGUCUCUGCCAUCCGUUCAGGGUACCACUACAUUUGCCUGCGGAACGAGGCCAACCAGCCGCUCUGCCUGCCAGCCCUGCUCAUAUACACCGAAGCCUCCGACUAUAUUCCUGAUGACCACCAGGACUACGCAGAGGCCCUGAUCAACCCCAUCAAGCAUGUCAGCCUGAUGGACCAGAGGGCCAAGCAGUUGGCCGCCCUCAUCGGGGAGUGCGAGGCUCAGGUUGGCCCAGAAACCUGCCAGGAGACUCCAUCUCAGCAGCCGGUGACCCCAAACCCCACACCCAGCACACUGGACAUCUCCCCGCGCCGGCCCCCGGGCCCCGCCACGUCCCCUACCAGCCCCUCCCUCAGCAGCCCAGGGCAGCGCGACGACCUCAUCGCCAGCCUCCUCUCAGAGGUGGCCCCGGCCCCGCUGGACGAGCUCCGAGGCCACAAGGCUCUGGUGAAGCUCCGGAGCCGGCAAGAGCGAGAGCUUCGGGAGCUGCACAAGAAGCAUCAGCGGAAGGCGGUUGCCCUCACUCGCCGAUUGCUCGACGGCUUGGCCCAGGCCCGGGCUGAGCGCAGGUGCCGGCAGCGGCCGGGUGUCCUAGGCGGGGAGGACGAGAAGGCGGAGGAGGAAGAGGUGAAGCGGUAUCGAGAGUUCCAGAAGAGACAGGUGCAGAGUCUGCUGGAGCUGCGGGAGGCCCAGGCGGAUACAGAGGCCGAGCGGAGGCUGGAGCAUCUGCGACAGGUGAGGUGGGCGUGGGGCAGCAAGCGGGGUGGGGGCCUGUCUCUCGGACAGACCCGGCCUCAGCCUGUGUCACCUGGUGGCCGUCCGUGUCCGCAGGCUCAGCAGCGGCUCAGGGAGAUCGUUCUGGAUGCUCACGCCACCCAGUUCAAGCGGCUGAAGGAGACGAACGAGAGGGAGAAGAAGGAACUGCAGAAGAUUCUGGACAGGAAGCGCCACAACAGUAUCUCAGAAGCCAAGACAAGGGAGAAACAUAAGAAGGAGGCGGAGCUGACAGAGAUUAACCGUCGGCACAUCACCGAGUCCGUCAACUCCAUCCGUCGGCUGGAGGAGGCCCAGAAGCAGCGGCACGAACGCCUUGUGGCCGGGCAGCAGCAGGUGGUGCAGCAGCUGGCCGAAGAAGAGCCCAAGCUGCUGGCCCAACUGGCCCAGGAGUGUCAGGAACAGCGGGCAAGGCUGCCCCAGGAGGCCUGCCGGAGCCUGCUGGGCGAGACGCCGGAGGGGCUGGGGGACGGGCAUCUGGUGGCCUGUGCCAGCAACGGUCACGCACCUGGGAGCGGCGGGCACCUGUCUGGCGCUGACUCAGAGAGCCAAGAGGAGAAUACGAAGCUCUGAACUGGCUGAGCGAGAGAUGAGGAAACUGAGGCCCAGAGCAGAAGUCCCGUGUGCCAGGCCACAGCUAAGUCAAGAUGUCCUGACCUGGAGGCAGGGCGGGCCUGGACCUUCUAUGGCAGACUGUCUUCCGGCCAGGUUGGAGGACCUGCUCCACGCUGCUCUCUCCUGCCUCUGGACCGCGUGGAGUGGCAGAGACCCCGCGGCGAGGGCGCGGCUAGGUUCUGCUGCAGGGUCAGGCUGGCAUGUCUUCAAGGCCUCUCCCGGCUUCCUGGCUUCCUGGGCCGACUGCCUCCCUCCUCCAGAGGAAGGCCGCCUCUUAUCUGGGCUUAUCUCCUGCCAAUUGAGUGUUUUCUUUCUUUGUUUUUGCUGCAGCCUCAGGCAAACAGGGCGGGGAGGCCAGAGAGAAAAGGCUGCCCGAGCAAGGCCCUUCCCAGGGCUGGGGGCCUCUCCCCUUUGCCCUGCUCCCUCAGGGUUAAUACCGUUAUUGUCCAGACCUUCCGGGCUGCUGGGGUCGGUCAGGCCUUGUCCUGUCCCCAGACUGGCCUACCGUAUUCCGUGACCAAGUCCUAUCUUCCCGAUGUGGCUCACCACUACCUUACAGAAGAAACACUCCGUGUUAGUCCCCGGAUCCUCAAAGGCCAGGCUCAACUCCAAACUCCUGGGUGUGACAUUCCAGACCCCCAGAAUCCUGGCCUCUGCUGCUCCCCCAUAUCCUUUCACGGGUCCACUCUUUUCUCUGCUGGCAAUGACAGCUUCCUUCCCCAUCUCUCUUUUUAAGUAAGUCCCAGCUCUAACUCACCUCUGCCCUGGCCCUCACCCCGGUACCAGUCCCUGUUAACAGCACUCAGCUGGCGGUAACUCCACUCUGAGAGGCUGGCUCACCUCUGCCAGGAAGCUUCUGACGGCGGGGCUGUUGUGGCCUAAUUCAUCUUUGUAUACAAAGCGCUGGCUGGUCUAUAGGGGGCGCCAAUAAAUCUUUCUGGAAUUGA